GCAGUGCGGUUGCAGUGUGAUGGGGUCGAAGCCGGGGCUGACGCUUUGACAGCUAGUAGAAGAGCCAGAGAAAAGAGCGAGCGGGCAGCUCUGCACUGCAAACCAUGUUCGCCAAAGGCAAAGGCUCGUCGGUGCCCUCGGACGGGCAAGCUCGGGAAAAAUUAGCUUUAUAUGUAUAUGAAUAUUUGCUACACGUAGGAGCACAGAAAUCCGCACAGACAUUUUUAUCAGAGAUCCGAUGGGAGAAAAAUAUCACGCUAGGGGAACCGCCUGGGUUUUUACAUUCUUGGUGGUGUGUAUUUUGGGACCUAUACUGUGCUGCUCCUGAAAGAAGAGAUACCUGCGAACACUCAAGUGAAGCAAAAGCCUUUCACGAUUACUUAAUCCUCUGUCUGCAGGGUCCCCCUGGUGGAGGAGGUCCACCUGGCACACCUAUAAUGCCAAGCCCAGCAGAUUCAACAAAUUCCAGUGACAACAUCUACACAAUGAUUAAUGCUGUACCACCAGGAGGAAACCGAACAAGUUUUCCGAUGGGCCCCGGCUCCGACGGCCCCAUGGGGGGGAUGGGCGGAAUGGAGCCACACCACAUGAACGGAUCAUUAGGGUCGGGAGAUAUAGACGGACUCCCGAAGAAUUCUCCAAACAACAUAAGUGGCAUUAGCAAUCCUCCAGGCACUCCGAGGGAUGAUGGCGAGCUGGGAGGCAACUUUCUCCACUCCUUCCAAAACGACAAUGACAAGAAUGAGUCAGCCGUCAUCUGGAAGAUAAAAGAGAGUUCGCAAGAAGCAGCUAAACAUUUUGGCAAGGAACCGGGGAAACACCCCGAAUUUAGUUUCAUGCAAUAAACGAAACAAAAGCUGAACUUCUUGCAUUCCAUAAAAAAUGAAGGACAAUUUUUUUUGACACAUGACAAGACUUCUUUGGAAGGGUUAAAUAUGUAUAUGACACAUUUUUUUAUUAUUUGUAUUUUACUUUUCAAGCAAAACACAGAACGCCUCUAGCACCUGACUUGACCUCCUUUGCUUUUUCCUUUAAACCUGUUUUAUGUAUGUCUGUGCUGUGCCGCGCAGGGACGCUAGUCUAGGUAUGAGAAAUCACCUUGUCAGUGUUGUGGCUACUUUUUAAAAACUGGACAGUUACACAUGCAAUGUGGUUUCCUUCUGAAAACAGAAAGAAAAAACAGACUGUUAGCAAUUCUGAAUUGUGUCUUAUUUUGGUAAACUGGCUCCUUCAUCUAGCUACAAGGUGUCCUCUUGGAAGAAGCAUCACAAACCUGCCUCCUAUGGAAUUCUUUGCAGUGAACUGUGGGACAGAAAUUCAAGCCUUGAACUGGAUGGUGAAUCUUCUUUUUGUUUUAACCUUGUCAAAUACCUGUGAUAGCCAUUGGACAUUUAUGUGGGAUGAAUACAUUUUGAAAGCUUUUUAUUUGGCUUUUUAAUUCUUUUACAUAAGUACUUUUUUUUUUUAAGUUGAUGAUUUAAGAGACCAUUUAAAAUGUAUGUGUGUCAUUGGUAUUUCCUUUUCAUACACUGAUAUCCCUGUAAUGCAUAUGUGUCCUUUUUCAUUUCCGAUUUUGUUUAUAACUGCCGUUCUGUAGAUGCUUUAAGACAGACAGUUAAUCGACUUCCACAGAAAAGUAAUACCAACCGGUUGUAAAUUGACACUGUGUGAAUGAUGCAAAUCUAUGUACAGUGCACUACCUGUAGAUGGGCCUUUUCUUUCUCGUUUAGUUUUUUUACAUAAGUCCACUUCUAUAAAAAGUGUAUGCUGUUAUGUAUAAAAUAUUAUCUGCCUGACAUACCAUUGUGCUGAUUCUCGAACAUUGUAGCUGUUUCAGUGUUUCUUACCUUGUCGUCUGGUUAAAUGAGAGAGCGAGAAAGUAAUUCUACAUUAUAGUUUGAGUUCAAUAUUUGUU